UUUCUAGGUUUGGUUUGUUUGAGUAGAAAAUAAUUGUGUUAUCUCCAGCAUAUGCUCUCUAAUGCAUCUCCAUGUGUUCUCAUCUCUUCACUGUGUAUCAGAGUAUAUUAACUGAAGGCAGCAUCAUUAUAACACAGCAGUAAAACCUGUUAAGAGUCACAGCCAGAUUCAGGCAUUUCUCACUCUCCUGUUGACUUUCCUGGUAGCUGUAAGCAAGGCACACAAUCCAGUUGGCUCCACUUUUCCUCUCUGAGGAAAACGUUAACCUUUUUUUCCCUUAUUGAAAAUAACUUUAGAUUAAAAUAGCCUUAGCUGGUUAUGCACGUGCCAAGUAGGGUUCCUUUUUUUUUUGCUUUUUUCUUCUGCCACCCUUCCCCCACAAUUUUUAUGAACUGUUUUGUCACUGUUCUCCAUUCAGGAGACUGGAAGGAAUUCUAACUGUUGUGUUUAUGGUUCUUUGAAGGCUCACUUAGCACACCUUUUGAAUGAAAGAAAGAAGAAGAGUAGGUCUUCUAAGAAGAGUAAAAUGCUCACUUCGGAUAGGCAUUCAGAAAUGCCUGCUGAUGCCGUGCUACUACCCUGUUAUCAGCAGAAGUGUGAUGGAAAAAUGCCCAUCAAUGACUCCACAAAAAAGGCACAAUCAGACAGAGAACCUACAACAUCUCCAAAGGCCUGGAGAAAUGUAGAUACAAGUUCAGCUGAGGAAGUCAGAGGCCUACCUGAUAUAGUUGUUCCUGAGGAAAAAAGCAGCGAGACCUUGAAAUGUGUGGCAGAACGACGGCAAAAGCGUCACGAUCGAGCAGUGACCAAAAUGCAGCAGGAGCUGGACUACAUUGGCAAAGAGGUGGAAGCCUCUGUUUCGGAGCUUCAAAAAUUCCUUCAACUAAAAGUGAUGAAAUCCGAUGAAAAAAGUGAACUUCUGUUCGAAAAGAUUGUGUCUGACACGGCUCUAGAAGGUUUCUCCUUUGAAGGUUUGGAAAAACUGUGGAAUAUGAUUCACCAGGAAUCCUUGAACAGAAAGAAGUGGAUUAGGACAAUGGAUGAAUCCCUAAAGAAGAUUGAAAGGAGUCGAGCCUCUAAAAUAGCAAAUAUACUGAAAAAGUAUACAGUGAAACUGGAGGAAAUUUCCUUCUUCUUGGCAGCUGAUGUUCACAAGCUCAUCAAUGAGGAGGCCACGAAUAUAAACCGAGCCCUGUUGGGUAAUGAGAGGGCAACUGCCAAGCUGCUCUUUAAUCUAAUGAAAUCAGAGCUUGAGAAGGAAAAAUCACAUAAAUUGAAAUGGCAAGAGAGAGUCAAGGACUGGAAGCUCAUCCAAAAGAACCGUGUAAUUCAGAGUUUCAGAGAAUUUAUGGCAAGUGAAGAAAUACAGAAUCCUCCAGCUGUGAAAACAGAAAUGGAAAAUAUGAUAAAGGAGCAGACUGUACUCAGUGAGAGGAGACUGGGGGUUUUGCAGCACAUUGGCACCUUGUUGCCUCCAACAGACAUGAAAUCUGAGAUAAAUGAAUGGUACAGAACUUUGGAGAGUUUAAACCAAAGUUUAGACACCCACAAUGCAGAGUGCGUGAAGAAAAUGCGCAGCAAGUAUGAGCUGGUCCUGGGCAAAUGUCAGGAACAAGUGCAGGUCUGCAAGAUGAGCCUGUUGGAUAUGAAUGUUUGCACAGUAAAAGAUGUUGAAAUUGUGCACUCUGACAUGCUUCACAUGACUGAGAAACUAGAACGUAGGUUUGAAGAAGAACUGGAGCAUAUGGAUGGAGACUUUAAGGAGAUGGCUAAACAGCAUGAGCAGCAUUGUCAAGGCUUGUACAGCUAUUUUCAGGAGGCCAUGGCCCUCUGGGAUGUCCAUAAACUCCGACUGUCCCAGCAGGAAAGUGAACUUCAGAAGAAAGUAGAUGAAUGCAGAUGGGAACAGGAUAGCAUUAUACAGACGAUGAAAGUUGAUCUGGAUAUAAUUUUGGAAAAAAUGAAAAUGGCAAGCUGUGAAGAAGAGCUGAAGAAUUAUAUGGAGAAGGCCCUUUCUUCUUUAGAUCAUAUUAGAACUAGGAAUGAGACACUCAACCAAAUUGUAAUGGAUGAAGUAAUGGCUUACCCAGGAGCUAUUUUGCAGGAGUUGAUUUCUUACAGCAUAUCCAUCAGCCAGCAUUUUAAUGUGAAGGAAAUAUUCAAACAGAACUUGCAAGGUGAGCUGGCCUCCAUGGUUCAAGAUCAAAGUAAUACCUCAAUGGUACAAACAGGACUUGAGGUGCACCAGCAGAGAAGGACAGGUGCUUUUUCUGGCUGCUUUAUUGAGGCAAUUGGCUGGCUCUUGAUUUAUCCAACUAUCAUUCCAGAAGGGAGACCAAAACUGAUGUUUUUUCCCCGAUCAGAUGGAGAAACAAACCCAGCUGAGCAUGAGGAGAGCUUGGCACAGGAAACUGAAGAAACAGAGGAGGAUGGAGAGAGCAUUCCUCAUAAAAGUGAAGACACUGAACAUGCAGAACAAGGGGCAGUGUCCAAUAGCAGCAAGGCAGAAAGUGCUGAAAAGGCCAUGGAAAUAUUUUCCACUGCUAGUGGAAACAUUUACACUGCCCUUGGAGUUGAAGAGGCAGGAAAGACUGACAUCACGGAGAAUUAUUUUACAAAAUAUGAAAAGGAAGAAUCACUUCCUGUGUACCUGAAAUAUGUGCUUCUCAAAGAAACCGUGUUUGUCAAGCUGAAGAAAAAGAUUCGCCUCUGCUUUUUUGAACACUUGGAGAAAUGGUUUGCAGAAUCCUUGUCCAAAUCCCGGGUCUUCGUGGCUGCCAAGGAAGAGGAGCUGAAUUCAAUACUUCUGCUGCAUCAUCAGUUGCAUCAACAAAAGCAGGAGGAGAUACAGACAAAUAUCUACGAUGUUAGAGCUGGGGAACUGUCACUUCACAAAGAGCGUCUCGAGUGCCACUGUGAGGGGCUGGAAGAAGGCCUGAAAAAGGAGAAAGCUGAAUUUCACAAAUUUUUGGAUCAGUUAAAUAACCUCAACAAAAACUUCGGCUCCCGAAUCCGUAACUUGGAGUAUGACUUCCUCCACGCUCCUAUGACUGAGCAAUCAGCUCCUUCCAGGAACAAUCUGCAGUCAGAGCUCCUCAAUCAUCUGGAAUCAGUUGGGGUUACUGUGAGGAGUUACCAGCACCAUUUGGAGGAAGCUUUAGGGAAACUAAAGCGUUCAAAUGUGGAUUUUCUCAAAACUUGCAGAUUAUUUUCAGAGGGAGGUGACUUCUCUUCUGAAGAAGUAAAGUUUUUCAACAGCUGUCUUCAGAAAGAAAGUAAGCAAAUUGACUCUCUGGAAAGUUUAAUCAAAACAGAUGUGGAGAAAAUGGAAUCAAGCUCCUUGGAGCAGGCUACUGAACUUAUCAAGCAGUCUGAAAGAAAAUUUGCUGAUGUCUCUGUGGGUCGAGCCUUUAUGGAGAAGGUCCAGAAAUCUUUGAGAUGGCUACAACAGCAAAUCAAAUCAGAGGUAGCAAAUUCCAAUUUGCAGUCAGUGACAUUAAAGUCUUACCUGGAGAAGCUCCAGCAGAAGAGAGAUGCUUGUGCUCAUCCUACUGCAGAUAAAGAAGCUUCAGCUUCUGAAGAGUUGUAUGAUUUUGCUAAAGAGGUGUUGAAAGAGCUGAAAAAGAGAAGCCAGUAUCUUGACUGCUUCUUAGAAAAAGCAAUGAUCCCACAUGACAAUGAGGACGUUCCCACUCUUGCCAUGGAUGGGCUGUUACAAGAUUCCAUUGCUCCUGCUGUUCAAAGAGAGAGCCUCAGAGAUGAGAGCAAAAGGAUGGUAAUGGGGCUGGAUCCUGAAAAAUUCCCCGUGUUAAAUCCCAGCAGAAUGGAUACGUCAGCACUUGAUGAUUUGGCAAUAAGUGUUAUCCAGAAUUUAGCUGGAUUUGUCCCACCCAAACAAUCUCCAGAUUUAAAUCAAGAGAGAAAAGAUCGCUCACGUUCAUUAGGACCAGUAAAGAAGAAGGCAUCCAAUGCACGUGCAGCUCAGACCACCAAGAAAUCAUCUUUGGAUGAAACGAAGGCAAAAAAAAGUGAAAAGAAAAGCACCAAAUCUGUUCCUAAGGACAAGACAUACCAGAUAUUUGAAAAGAAGCCUCCAAAGUCUGAUACUUUUAAGGGGAUUAUUAUGAACAUUCUCUGGACGGGUAGCAACACCUUGCUUGACCUUGGUGAGGAUUUUUAUGGAGAAAAGACACCUCAGAUGGGAAUACCUAAAUAUCUGCCAGAGACUUUUGAACGUUGGGCAGAAAAGCUCAGACAGAAACUACUGUCAUACAAAAGACAGGCAGAUGAUUACUACAAUUUCUGUCUUAGAGAAUUUCGGGAUCAGCUGAAGUGGUUUGAGGAGGAGCUCUCUUCUGUCUCCCAGUUGGCAGUGGAUAGUCUUUUAAGAGAACAUGAGCAGAAACUCAGCUCUUCCACUGCUCAGAUUCAGCACCUCUUCAACAGACAGCUGGGAGAGUGGGAGGAUAUCAAGACUGUGCACCGGAGAAAAUUACAUUACUCCCUGGGACACCCAAACAACUCCCUUCAGCUGGAGGCUUUGUGCCAAGAGGAAAUAAAUAGGCAAAAAGAUCAAACUGAGGGUGUUCACCUCAACACAAAGAUGCUGCAGGACUGUGCUGCUGAGUGUGCUCAGAGCUUUUUUUCUGCACUGGCUGCCCUCACUGAAAAGCUGCUCUUGGAAUUAGAUGAAACCAUCACUGUUGAUGACAUACAAGUAGCAGACACUGAAAGAGCUAGAGAGAAGAUGUCGACUUUAAUCCAUCGGAAACAAAGUGGACUUCCUCCAGAAACCUCUAAAGUUCAACAGUUAAUCAAACGAGGGAGGGGGACUUGGCCAGGAAUACCUGAGACUACUCUUCCUGAAGCUCCAGCCUAUGUUCUUUGCAGAGGAACUGCAACGGUUUCAACAGCUCAGACUACCCUGGGCCAUCUAGCAGUGAUGGAUGCAAGACAAGCUGCAUACCAGAAAUACAAAUGUAAGCUUGAGCAGCUGUUCACCCAGAUCAAGGAAGAAAACACAGCUCAGCUGCUGGCAAUUCAGCGUUGGCAAGAGUGGUGGGAACAAUCCAUCCAAAAGAUAAAGCAACUCUACCUCUGAGAGCAGUCAAUUGUGUAAAUUGACAAGUUUGUACUAAUGUCAGCAAUGCUACAGAGUUAGUCCAAUAGAGUUUUUUCUUUUAUCUUACUAAUCUGCUGCAUUGAAAGAAGCUAAUUUUUGCCUUUUUGCAUUGUGUUACCACUCUUGUUUCCUCAUAUGUAUUUUUAAGACAAUUAAUAAACUCAUCUUUACAAUUUACAU